AUGGCCAGAAGCGGCAGCAGCAGCAAGCUCACCAAACUCAAGUCGGUCCUCAAGAAGCUCAACUCCUUCAACGCCAAGCUCAGCCGAGGCGGGAGCUCGAUCGCCGCCGCUUCCGUCGCCGACGACUCCAACUCCAACUCCACCUCCUCCUCCUACUCCGUCGGCGGCGCCGGGGACCUGCGGCCAGUCUACGUCGGGAAAUCGCGGAGGCGGUACCUCCUGAGCCCCGACAUUGUGGACCACCCGCUGUUCCGGGAGCUGGCGGAGCGCUCCGACUGCGGCGGCGACAACAUAAGCGUGGGGUGCGAGGUCGUGCUGUUCGAGCAUUUGCUCUGGAUGCUCGAGAACGCUGAUCCCCUGCCGGAGUCGGUCGACGAGCUCGCCGAUUUCUACGCCUGCUGA